UCUAUUGAAGGCUGAGAUUUUGAAUCAGGAAGGGGAAUGGAGGGCGAUUGGGGCAGAAAGGUACCAGUGACUGACCAUUGUGUCCCACCUUGAUCUCUCUCAGACUAUCUGGCUGUGCUCCCCUGCCACCAUUAGGAUCAGAGAAGCAGGAAAUAGCAGACUGAGUCACUGACUGAAUGCACACCCCAAACAGACAGGUCACAGCGAUGGAGAUCCUCACCACUCUCCUGCUGCUCGGGCAAAUGAUAAUUCUACAAAUACGAGAAGGUUCCUCAGCAGAGACUGGAACACCCGUGCUCACGAUGGAGCCAAUGUGGGAGAGAUUCUUAACGGGCGACCGGAUCGUUCUUAGCUGUGAUGCCGGUGGAGAGCUUCGUUCAGUGAGAUAUAAGUGGAUCAUAAACAACAUUACCAAAGAGUUCAGGGGGAAGAUUUACACCAUUGAGACUGCUGGCAUAGAGCAUAAUGUGGAAUACAGAUGCCAAACUUUGACACAAACAACAGCCUACAGUAACAGCAUUCUCGCCAGCCCGGGACGACCAGGACUUCGCCUUGGAGCGAGCUUUCCCACCAGUGCCCUUUCCUCUCCCAGACAUAAUCACAACCCCAUUAGCACUUUCACAGAGAAUGCUGCAACCCGCCCACAUCCCGGCCUCUUAUACCUUCGGGAGGAAUAG